AUGGACGAGGUGGGUGGGGCAAGUCCAAAGUCCCACACACUUCCUCAGACUUCAGAUUUCAACAUUCCAUGGAUCCUGGAAUACUCACCAACAUUUCCAUCAUCUAUCCAGAUGUACAACAUGAAGAGACUGGAUGUUUAUCUCUGCAACCACUACUUCUCAGUCUGCUUUUCGGGUAUACUACCAGGGGAAUUUCUACAAGAAAACAUUCCUGUUCAAAUAUCAGUAUCUAUUGCUGAGGAGUAUGGGAUGUUUACUACUCCAGUUGUAAACACUGUAUCAAUGGAUAUGAGGGAUCCUGAUAGCUGGCAGACAAAUUCGCUUCCCUCAAGUGAUGAGAUUGAGUCAUGGCUGGUGACCAAAGUGGAUUCAGAGUCACCACUGUGGGCUUGGGGAUGCGAUGCAUUUUGGCUAGCAUUUAUUGGGGGAUAUCCAUGCUUUCUGAGAGGCAGAUGGCCCAUGUGGGAUUCUCGAGUUCCAUUGCAGGGUACAUUCAUUGAAGCAUGGUUAGACCAGUUGAGUGGUGCUGAGGGGAAUUGGAUUGGAGUGCAAAGUGCCCCUGAAGAUGAUCAAGCUUCCGCUUCAUAUGUUUCAGACAUGUGCCAAUUCUAUGUGCUUGGAUUGUUGCCACCUUGA